GGGAACGCCGGGAGCCUCCCUCUGGCCCCUCGCUUCGCGCGCGCAGCACCACAGCGCAGCUGUCUUUGCGGACGCCAGCAGCCGAGCGAACGCACCGAGUCUGUGCCAGAGGCCAUUCUGAGGAUCUCUGGGGAUCGGGGACAGCUAUCCCUUUGGGACGCAGAAACUCCGCUGAGCACAGCUUGCCGCCAGAAUGCUCCUCCUCCUGCUCGGUAUCAUCGUCCUCCACGUGGCGGUGCUGGUGCUGCUGUUCGUCUCCACGAUCGUCAGCCAAUGGAUGGUGGGCAACGGACACUCGACCGACCUCUGGCAAAACUGUACCACUUCCCCCUUAGGCAACGUCCAGCACUGUUUCAUGUCAUCGGCCAACGAAUGGCUGCAGUCUGUCCAGGCCACCAUGAUCCUGUCCGUCAUCUUCAGCGUUCUGUCUCUGUUCCUGUUCUUCUGCCAGCUCUUCACCCUCACCAAGGGGGGCCGCUUUUACAUCACUGGGGUCUUCCAGAUCCUUGCUGGUCUGUGCGUGAUGAGCGCGGCGUCCAUCUACACGGUGCGGCACCCGGACUGGCACGGCAGCUCGGGGGACUCCUACGGCUUCGCCUACAUCCUGGCCUGGGUGGCCUUCCCGCUCGCCCUGCUCAGCGGCGUCAUCUACGUGAUCCUGCGGAAGCGUGAAUGAGGCGCCUGCGCCCGGCGGCGCGGCCGGGGCUCUGCGCGCGCGCGGAGAGGGAGGCGGCAGACCGGAAGCCAGGGGAGAAGAAGGAAAGGAAAAGGAAAAAAAGAGCUAGCCAAAAACCCAAACUCAAACCAAACCAAACAGAAAGCAGUCGGGCGGGGGGUGGUCGGUGUGGAUUGAAGAUGUAUAUAAUAUCGACGGUUUAUAAAACCUAUUUAUAACACUUUUUACAUAUAUGUACAUAGUAUUGUUUGCUUUACAUGUUGACCAUCAGCCUUGGGUUGAACCUUAAAGAAAUAGCUAAGGAACUUGACAUCCUAACCGUAUAAUCAGGCUCAGUUUUUUUUUUUUUUUUCUGUUUUGUUUUGUUUUUCGUUUUUGUUUGGCCCAGAAAUAAAAGAAGUCUGUCUCGCCCCCUUCCCUUUCAAUCGAAGAAGAUACAUCCCUCCCACUCCACCCCCUUUAGGAAACCACAGCGCAGGGAGAAACGCCGAAUGGCCCCAGAGCCCGCUCCCUGCGGUGACCCAGGGCGUGGCGCACAGAGCGCCCAUCCCGUGCCUCCGUGUGCCACCUUGGUGCACGCGGCCAGACCCCCCCCCCCCCCCCUCCGCCGCCCCAAACUGGAGUCCUCGGAGAACCAUGGCUUGUGGCUUUGGGAUACUUGCCCUUGAAGGUGGGGACGUGUCCCGGUCACGCGUCUAGUUGAGAAAUCGGUGACAACAAACCUAUGAAAUGGUGCUAUGUAUUUACCAUUCCUUACGAUCACUAAUCAUCUAAACUCCUCACUGGAAAUUCAAUUAACAAUUUUACAACAUGAAGUCGGAUGGAGACCCGAGUAAUUCUGUGUAAUAUAAAUGGUUUAUAACUGCGUUUGUACCUAGCUAGGCUGCUAUUAUUACUAUAAUAAAUAAAGAGCAAACCACAGGCUUUAUCGUGCCCACCUUUUUCUUAUGGUCGGAGCACCAGGACAAGCCUCUAGACCCCCUGGGGCGGUGGGUGCCCAGGGCGCGGCUGGGUCUAGACUGUCCUCUGCCUCCAAGGACUGUCUGGCAAUGACUCGUACUGGCCACCAACUGUAGAUGUAUAUACGGUGCCCUUCUGAUGCUAAGACACCAGACCUUUUCUCUUUCUUUUUUUUUUUUUUUUUGCUUCGCUUUUUCUGAUUUUAUACCAACUGUGUGGACUAAGAUGCAUUAAAAUAAACAUCAGAGUAACUCA